AAAGGAUGUGGUCGGGUGUGAGAUGAGGAAGAAGUGCACUGAACUCUUGACGAGCUCCCUGCAAACAACUUGCUGUAGGUUACUGAAACAAAAGACCGGUGUAAAUUUUGAUUAUUUCAAUGUUUCUCAUUUUGAGAAUGUGUAAUGUUUCUGUGAAGAUGCACUGAAGACAAAAAAAAUGGAAGUGGAGGAGACUGGUGAAAGGAGGACUUCCUGGUCUGUGGCACCAGAAGAGACGCACUCCAUCCUCUGUGACCAUGCUGGGAAGAAGAGAAAACAAGACCCGGCCCCUGAACCUGUGAUCAGAAUCACGGAGGAUGAAGAGGAUGACGAGGAGGGUGAAAUGAUGUCCGACCACAUGAAGGAUUUAGAGGAGCCCAGUAAUAAAAGGGUCAAACCUGUGGUAAAGUCCAAUAGCCUAACAGGUGUCUUAACCCCAGUGAAGACCCCUGCUCUGAAACGCAUUGGACAGUCCAUUUCGCGGUCGAUCAGUUUUCGCACAGAGGCUCGACCUUUGCCCCCGGCCCCCCUGCGCUCUCGCACAAAGGCCUCGUCAUUCCCACGCCGGCGCAACAGCCAAUGCUGGAGUGACACUGUGGAGAGCCAUGACCUCACUGCAAAGGAGAUCAAACGUCAAGAGGUGAUCUAUGAGCUGACUCAGGGAGAGAGACAACUCAUCGAUGACCUCAGUCUGGUCAAGAAGGUAUACUAUGAGCCCAUGCUGAAGUUGGACAUCCUGACAGAAAGUGAGCUUGGAAAGAUCUUUGGUACACUGGACUCUCUCAUUCCUCUCCACCAAGAUCUUCUGAGUCGUCUUGAGCGCCUGAGGGGAUCAGAGAAGACGGUCGGAGAGGUGGGGCCUACUCUGAUGAAUUGGUUCCCUUGCCUGGAGGCCUACGUUACGUACUGCUGUAACCAGGUGGGAGCUAAAGCCCUGCUGGACCAGAAAAAGCACGAGAAAAGAGUGGAGCACUUCCUGCGCCUGUGUCAGGAGUCUUCGUUUAGCAGGAAACUGGACCUAUGGAACUUCCUGGAUCUCCCCCGGAGCCGUUUGGUCAAAUACCCCCUGUUGUUGAAAGAGAUACAGAAAUGCACACCUCCAGACCACCCGGAUGAGGACACAUUGCCUGAUGCUUUGGAGCUGAUCCAGAGCAUCGUGGCGGAGGUGAACAAGAAGACAGGAGAGGCAGAGUGUCAGUUCUACAGGCGGGGUCUCACCUACCUCGAAGAGAGUCAGAGACUACCAGAGAUCCAGCUGUCCCGCUUCCUCUACUGCCACGGAGAACUCAAAAACAACAAGGGCCAGCGGCUGCAUGUCUUCCUGUUUGAGCUGGCUUUGGUGCUGAGCAGACCGGGGGAGGACAGAGAGGGAGGUCAGGUGUUCCAUGUGUACAGACAGCCUCUGCCCAAUGCCUUGAUAAAUCUGGAGGAGAUCCCAGAUGGGGAGGCUGGUGGAGGGGGCACCUUCAGGGGAGCCUUCACUGGAGGAAAUGAUAAAGUGAGGAACUGUUUCCGUGUGAGCAGCAGAGGGCGCUCCAAAGCUCACCCUUACAGCCUGCAGGCCAACGACUCCUUCAGCAAGCAGCAGUGGAUCACCUGUCUGCGCCAAGCCAUUGUCCAGUCCCGAGAUAGGAAUGCUCAGACCAGCCAGUCGCAGCUCUCCCCUCACCCUGAUCCCGCCCUGUAUCACAUAGCCGAGCUCAGCCUCAGCUCGGACACAGAAAUGGCAGACCAUACCAGUCGCUGACUGUAAGACUGAUCAUCAGGAGGCCUGGGGAGUGUCUAUAGAUCUGUACAUUGACAUUGGAGAAAACGAAAUAUGGACUGUCUGUGAAAGAUGAUUGUGCUUAGACACACGUAUAGAAUUUCAUACAUGGAUCUUUUUUUUUCUUGCAUUUUCUGAUGGAUUGUGUGAUUGUGGGAUGUGUUCUGUACAGCUUGGGAACAGUAUUACUGAAUGUGAAUUUACUUUGUGAAAUGAUUUUGUUUUGUUUUUUUAUUUUAUUUUAAAUAAACUGACACUUAAAAGUU